CGGGUUAGGCUGCGGUGAGGCUCGGUUUCGCGGUGUCUGUCAGGCUGAAGUGAAGUAAACACUUCUCCUCCUCCUCCUCGGUUUGAGCAGAGAGGGCUCCGCGCUUGAAGGGAACGGAAGGGAGACGCCGGCGGCGACGACGACGACGACGACGACGAAGGCUCCGAGGCCCGAGAGAGCCGCCUUGGCCGUUGCCUCUCCUCCUCCUCCGCCACUCGCCCCGAAGGGCUCCUCCGACCGAGCGACCGACCCCGAGAGAAAGAGGCGAAAAUGGCGGCUGCGGCGGCCCAAGUCUGCGAAAACAUCCAGAUGCUGCUGGAGGCGGCCGAGUUCCUGGAGCGGAGAGAGCGAGAAGCUGAGCAUGGGUAUGCUUCCAUGUUACCUUACAGCACCAAGGAUAGAGAUGCCUUAAAAAAAAGAAACAAGUCCAAGAAGAACAACAGUAGUAGCAGAUCAACACACAAUGAAAUGGAGAAGAACAGGCGUGCUCAUUUGCGAUUGUGUUUGGAGAAGCUGAAAGGGCUGGUGCCCCUUGGACCGGAAUCCAGUAGACAUACCACACUGAGUUUACUAACAAAAGCUAAAUUGCACAUAAAGAAACUUGAAGACUAUGAUAGAAGAGCAGUACACCAAAUAGAUCAGUUGCAGCGAGAGCAGCGGCAUCUGAAAAGGCAGCUGGAGAAACUGGGCAUUGAGCGAAUAAGGAUGGACAGUAUAGGGUCAACUGUUUCUUCUGAACGAUCGGAUUCAGAUAGAGAAAUCGAUGUGGAUGUGGAAAGCACAGACUAUCUAACAGGGGACCUGGACUGGAGCAGCAGCAGCCCAAGUGAUUCGGAUGAAAGGGGAAGCUUGCAGAGCCUCUGCAGCGAUGAAGGCUAUUCUAGCGCUGGCAUUAAGAGAAUAAAGCUGCAGAACAAUCUUAAGGCCUGCCUCAGCCUAUAAGGAGCCAGUAGCUUCCUCCCUCCCCCCCAAUCCAUUGCUGUUUCCUUGUUGGAUCUUACUAGGUAGUAUGUUGGACCGUCCCACAAUUCUCUUGCACGUGAACUUCUUGUACCACCAAAAUCUGCUUUGCCUAAGUCUGUAAACAGUGCAUAGGGUUGUGGGUUUCAAGCUACUCUCUGGAGCACACCUCUGAUGGCAUCCACUAGCUUCUCUUUUCUGUCAGUAAAUUCAUCUCUAUGAGACCGAACAUUCCAACCAAAUUUCUAAGCACCCAAGAAUAUUGUUGCAGUAAUAGCAACAUAACACUUUUUGCCUAUGCUGCUAUUGCUUGAUAUUUUCAAUGAGCCCUUUCACCUCGAGGGUGGGAGGAAGGGAGAUUGUAAUGUAAAGCAUUCGGAAACAAUAGCCAGACUAGCCACUAUUCCUCAGAUGUGAUAGAAGGACCUCUGCUUUCUUGUCAUUCAGAGUCGAAAAUUGGCCUGAGAAAUGUACAAAGCAUGAUAAGCUUCCUGUAGGGAAUUAGGCAGCAGAUCUUCCCAGGGGUCACUCUUCAGGAGUUGCUCCAAAGUGUCCCAAAACAUUGCAUUUGUAUCGUAGCCAUCUGUGAGGCACUCCUCCUGCCAAUACUAAAUUAAAGUUCCCUUUGGAUCCUAAAUGCUGAGCCAUCCUUCUCAGUACUAGUCCCAAAGGACUGGGUUUGAGACCGAUGGCCAUCAGACCAAAACUCAGUUUUAGCAGAAGCGUAGUUAGGAAUAGAGUCGUAUGCUGGAGGGUUCUCAUAACGGGAGUGGGGAGAUUUCCCCCCUCUUUCAUCUGAGGACCCUGAUAGGAUGCUUUCACUCAAACCCAACUUUGCUAUUUUUGUGUCAAAAGACCAAAUACUAUUCCUGUGCAAUCAUUUUGAUGUCUUUGCAUUGACAGCUGCAUUAACCUUUAGUUCCUAGCAGCUUCCCUAGCUGCCAAGUCCUGCUUUCCUGUCUCUGGGACAAUUCUUUCUACCUCAGAGAGAUGAACAAAGCUGAUCUCACUCCCUUUAGCACAAAAGAAUUAUGCCUCAUUUGUAUACUUGGUCCUAGUCCAACCUGUUUACUUAAAAAUUCAGCAAUAACUGAGUGACAAAAGCUUAGCUGUGCUAGCUUUGAGUUAAUGACUGAGAAGACUGCAUUAAAGCAACUCUGGGUGCCCUUGUGGCAUUCUAGCACUUCCUUGCCUCUUUACAUUAUUUGAUAGCCCUGAGAAAGUGGCUCCUGUGUGAGAUUUGGGUUUUUUGGCUCUUAAAACGUGCAUCUGUUCUGCCCCCUUUUUUCCCCCUGUCUCUGGCAUCCGACGUCAGCGGCAUUCUUCACUUAAGCUAGAGCACACACAAAUGUACAUAACGUGGUCUAUAAAUAGUAUUUAUUCAUUUUUGUAUAAACGUAAUGCAAUUUUCUUAUGAUUUUGACCUUUUGUAGCUGUUUAGAAAACUUUGUAUGUCACGGUCCACUAACCUAGCUUUCCUUAGUCACCCCUGUUUCGCUUUGAACCUAAAUACUGUGCCCAGUUGGCCAGCUCCCAGUGAUUUCUAUGGGGAGCUAGCUGUCACCCAGCACUUAGAGGAUCCCUGAAAGCCAGUUUCCCAUCAUCUCUAAAAGGGCUACCUAGCUUUCUUAGCUUCCAACUGUAAGUCAUGCUUCUUUGCAGAUGACCCUGAGCUGCCCUGGUCCUCCAGGACAAGGCCAGCCUUCCAAAUCACCUAACAAUUGCAUUUGGUUUCUUCAAGACGUUUGGAGCUAUUUCUGGAUAAAUUUUUGAGAUGGGAAGUGGAGCUAGUGGAUUGCUAAAGAUCUCCAAAGCAAUUUCUUUUUUGGAGUGUGCUGUCUUUUUUAAAAAUGAUGAUGAUAAUAAUAAUAACAGCUGGAAUUUUAAGACGUCCAGCGGACUUGCACUGAACUCCUACUUUCUCGGAGGCCUUCUUGCAUUUAUAAGCUGGCUUUGAGUCCAAGCAGAAAACCCUUCAGAGAGCUAGCUCCCAACCUGUAAACUUUUAAAGAAGUUGAGUAGCUGCACUUUGAGGUCCUUUUCUUUCUGACAUGUUUCUUGCCUGAGACCUUUGAGCUUCUAUAUUUGUUAAUGAGUUGUAUGAAACUGUCUCACGAAUUAAACUCCAUGUUGCCACCUUAACAUUUUAAAGUAAUUUCAGAUUUGCAGGGAAGGGUCGUUUUUUGGGGGGUAAAUUGAAAUGGCAAACUUGUGUCAUUUGCUUUAGAACUACCAAGUCUUAAGAAUUCAACCUAAUGAUUUUUUUUUAAUUGUUGUGCCUUUUAUGAGUUAAUUAUAAUUGUGGCACAAUCCACCCUGAAUUUCUCCUGGAUGUUACCCUUUCAUUUCUUCCUUUCCCAGAUCUCUGAUCGAACGGUAAUAGAGACUCAUACACAGCUUUACAUUUUAGUGGACUUUGGUCAGGAGAAAUUCCUAGUGGGUUGUGCUUUCUUUCUCUUUCUCUCUAAGUUUAAAAUACUGUGGGGUUUGAUUUGAUUUGGUUGUCCCAACUGUGAACCUGUCAUCGAUCUUUGCACUGUCUAGAUGUGGUCCUCCUAACAUUUGGGUGGUACAGAAAAAGUUGGGCUUUGCAAACGAUGCACUAAUUUUAGAACUCACCUAAAGAGGUGUGUGAUGUUUCCAAACCAUCUAGACAGACGGAACCGAUGGUUCCAUGGGCUCCAGGGACACCUUUUAAUGUCUUGGCUAGGACUAGUCAUGGCAGCUCUGAACCUCUGUGGUCCUCUUUGCUAUCCCCCCAACCCAUUUCCCACUUUUCGAGGCAGGAGAAGCAAGCCCCGUUGGGCAUGUGGCCCCAGUAAUAUCAGGACUCCUGCCCACAGGAUGAGGGCGGAUUCUGUGGUUGUGUGCCACGUCUGUGGGUAGGCAGCACAGGUGUGGUGCAUAACCACACAAACCUGCCCCAUCCCUAACCACCCCAUGAGCUGAAAUUCCACACACUGCCAGAGCGAUGUGGGAGUAGCCACAUCGCCUGGGUCAUGUGUAAACUGGGCCAUAGAAGUGUCACUUUCUGGUCCAGCCAGCCUUUCUCUUGAAUUCACUGAUCCACCAGCAUUAUUAUAAAAAGCUGCAGGAAACUAAUUUUGUAGAUUGUUGAAAGGGAGCUGGGAUUGUUUCUGUGCCUGUGUUUACAGCUGGAAGUUUGUGUGUGUGUGUGUGUGUGCGUGUGCAUUGUAUGUGUGCAUGUUACAAAAAAAAGUUCACACUAAAUGCUGCUGCACUUGGAAGACUUCCUGUGCAAACAGUCAAUCUGGGGCACACUUGACUAGAAAAUGAAAAUCCAAAAUUUGUGCUCUUUACUGAUGCGAAGUAAAGAGGAGUGUUUCAGGGCGGACAGUCACAAGGAUCCUAAAAGUAUUGUCUGUACCUGAUCAACCUUUUUCUCCUGAGUGUUGAACACCCAGAACUUUUUAUUACUAUGGUAUUGUGUUUUUGUUUUGGUUUUUAUAGGGCAGAUCUUUUCAAGGUGCUGAGAGUCACAUCUCAUGAACCUAUUUUUCCCUACCCCAGGGUUGGUGCGAAUGCCUUCGUUUCGAUGCGGAUCCAAAGCACUUAAUUUGAGGUGUCCAGUUAGGUGCCACCAACGUUUCCCACCCGCUUUGCAAGACCCCAGAGCUCUGGGCGCUAGCAGGCUGUGUGCUGCCAACUGCCAUUUUAGCACUUUGUUCUUCUCAGUAGGGCAGGUCUCCCUUGCCCUGACUCUCCCCCUUUCAAUCUGUUGUGUUUCUCUCUAGAACUAAAUCUCUGCCACAGAGCUUGCAAACACAGCCAGAAGGAAGAAGCCCGGUGUCCUCUGGGGCGGUGGGGUGUGUAUGUGUGAAUAAAUGAGGGGGAAAGGGGUUUUUUGUAAGUGCUUGCUGCCUAAUUAGAGUAAACGGAGGCAUCUGGUGUACAGCCUAGCAAUAUUUUGGGACUCAGAGUCCUUUUUCUUUUGACCCCUUGGUAACAGAUUUCAGGUUUUGACACUUAACUGUAUUGGAACGAAUUCUGCUUUUUUAAAAACAUACCUAGUUGUGCGUUUUGCUCCCCAGAUGCGUUGCGUUGCUUCCUUUCUUGCUGCAGUUUAUCUGAGAAUUUGUUUUGCUUUCUGUUAUUGCUAGUUGGCAGCUUUAUUUCCUUCUCCUUUUAUUUUUGAACAGCUAUGCGAAUCAGUAACGCUUCGGUUUGGAGGGAAGGCUGCUCUAAAUUACUGAGCAAAUGAAACCUCCUUCCCAUGUCUGUGUCCAAGAUUUGCUUUUGCUAACCUGUUUGUCUUGAAUAUUGUGGUCUGGUUGAACAACGCUUAAAGUCGGCUUGUCCCUGGCUGCCAUCUGCUCAAUGGUUUGAGUAUUAUGCUUUCUGAAACAUAGCUGUUCUUUCCAAAAAUGCCCAAAGAUUUAACUCUUCUGGACAAGUUUGGUUUUCUUUCCUUCCUUUCUUUUGCUUUCGAUCGACUUAGGGACUUUGAUGAAAUAGGUGCUCUUGCUGUUCUGAACUCUUGAGUUUAGUUUUGGAGUCUUCCAAAUAAAAAUGCAGCCUAAACAGAGGAGAAGCCGACGGGGGAGAAACAGGAAUUUAAUUUCCAGAUGUUCAAUUCCUAAUGUAAAUACCACAUCAUUUAAAGAAAAAAAAAUCCUGUGUCAAGACCAUAUAAUGGUGCUUUUUAUUACAGUUAGCACAUGCAUUUUUAGAAACUACAUGUUUUAGAUGACCUUGCUGUGUAUAUGUAUACUUCUGUAUUGUUCAACUGUUAGAAAAUAAAUUAUUUCAUUAUUAAA